GCAUUUCGACUCCGUUCGGGGGGAAUCCUCGAAUGCUGAUGAGACCCAUACCGACCACAUUACGGGUCAGGUCGAGCGGAUCUCCCUAUCCGACCCUGUUCAUGAGGUCUUAGAGAGGGCUGGAUCUACAGCGAGCCAGAUCUGGUCUACCUCCUCCUGGUUCAACAACUUUUCCCUUCCUCAGUUGCCGGUCGAGCAAUCUGAAGAAUGUCUGGCCCUGACUGCUCUGAAGAUGGGCUUGUACACCCUUCAGAUGCGGGAGGCCCGCCUGGCCAAAGAGCGGGAACUGAUUGUUGCCCAGUCUUCUGCUGAGCAACAUGCUGCUGCUGCCAUCGCCUCUUUGGAGGCCGAACGGAAAACCUUCG